UUAGAGGAACUGUAGUGAAAAAAAAAAACACUGACACUUUCUCUGAACAAAAGUUGAUUGAAUGUUGUUGUCAAUUAAAACAAACAUUUUAAUUUCCAAUUUAUUAAUUGGAUGACUCUAUUUUGUGGAUGAUUUUAAUUUAUUUACUAUUUUAUUUGUUUUUGUUUUUGUUUUUGGUUGGGUGUGAGAAAGAUUUUUAUUAGAGAAAGAAAAAAGAUAUGUCCUUUGCUCAGAUUUCUUUAUUAUACACUCUUACUCCUAUUUAGGGUUUCGUUUAACUUUACCCUCUCAUUAUUAUUCUCUUUCUAUACACAAAUUUCUUUGAUUUUGCUCAGAUUUCUUGUUUUCUUCAUCUGAUUCUUCAAUAUCAGACUGUUUUCGAGGUCUGCUUGAUAGAAAUUGUGUUUUUUUGGCGAAUUGGGAUCGAUUGAUUUCUGAGAAUUUUUAGGGUUUUGGUUUUGAUUCGAUUGUUGGUGGACAUUGGGGAUUUAAUUGAAUUAAUUCUUGUUGAGAGGGGUCUUGGCAUGUAUGCAUGAUGUUUCAUGGUCAAGGUCCUUCAAGGAAUAAUUGCAGUCUUCUUGCUGUUGUCUGUGGUAGUAAAACCCUUGAUUAUAAGCAGAAGCAGCCUCUGAACGGUGAUAGUAAACCUAAAUACCCUUUUCCUGAGCUUGCUUCUUCGGGGCGUCUUGAGGUCCAGGUACUUACUAGUCCGAGUACUGAUGAAUUCCGGCGAGUGGUUCAGUCUUCAGAGCCUAAUAUUGUGUACCUUCAAGGAGAAUUAACUGAAGAUGAUGAAGAAGUGGGUUCGUUAAGAUGGGGAGAUGCCGACUUAUCCACUUCAGAAGAUUUGUGUGAUUUAUUUGGUUCCUCAUUGCCUCAGACAGUUUAUUUAGAGAUUCCAGACGGUGAAUCAUUGGCAGAGGCUCUUUACUCCAAGGGAGUUCCUUAUGUUAUAUAUUGGAGAAGUGCAUUCACAUGUUAUGCAGCUGCUCACUUUCGUCAAGCUUUUCUGUCAGUGAUUCAAAGUUCUUGCAGCAAUACUUAUGAUGCAUUCCAAUUAGCUCAUGCAUCUUUUAGGCUCUACUGUGUAAGAAACAACAGUGGCCUAUCUUCCAGUAAUCAGAAAAUUAGUGGUAAGCCUGGACCAAGGUUGCUUGGAGACCCACCAAAGAUUGACAUCACUCUGCCUGAAGCAGAUGUUCAGGAUGAAGAAAGUUCUUCUGGGACUCUUCCUGCCAUAAAGAUAUACGAUGACGAUGUGACCAUGAGGUUUCUUGUUUGUGGAAUGCCAUGCACCCUGGAUGCUUGCUUGUUGGGAUCUUUGGAGGAUGGACUAAAUGCCCUUUUAAACAUUGAAAUUCGUGGCAGUAAACUUCAUAGUAGGACAAGUGCUCCACCACCUCCACUUCAGGCAGGGGCAUUUUCUCGUGGUGUAGUGACCAUGCGAUGUGAUUUAUCUACCUGUAAUUCAGCUCAUAUAUCUCUAUUAGUAUCUGGCAGUGCACAGGCUUGUUUCAAUGAUCAGCUUUUGGAGAAUCAUAUCAAGAAUGAGCUUAUUGAGAAUAGUCAGCUAGUCCAAGCAUUGCCUAGCUCCGACGAGAACACGUUGCCGCCAUCUGAGCCUCGGAAGUCGGCAUCUAUAGGAUGUGGGGCAAGUGUUUUUGAAGUUUGCCUGAAGGUUCCUACAUGGGCUUCACAGGUCUUGCGGCAACUAGCUCCAGAUGUUUCUUACCGCAGCUUAGUUAUGCUGGGAAUUGCUAGUAUUCAAGGAUUAUCUGUGGCUUCUUUUGAAAAAGAAGACGCACAACGCCUCCUUUUCUUUUGUGUAAAGCAAGGGAAAGAGAUCUGUUCAAACAACUCUAUUCAGACUAAGCCUCCUAGCUGGUUAGUUCCGCCUGCACCUUGUCGAAAAAGAUCUGAACCUUGCAGAGAAACUAAACCAUUCAAUUCCUUGGGUAUUGGACGUGUUAAUGGAAGAAUUGUAAAACAGAAGGUCAAUGUUGCUGCAAUGAGGCCAAUCCCUCACACCAGGCAUCAUAAGAUGAUGCCUUUUUCUGGAUUUGCUGAGGGUGAAAGAUUUGAUGGUGAGCAAGGGAAGCCUAGCUUGCCAGUUGCUCCUGCAAAGCAUGGUGUAGCUGGCCCAGCUCCCAUCUCACACCGGAAAACUUUGUCGAGUUCCUAUCAGGCUCAACAAAUUAUUUCUCUAAAUCCAUUACCCCUGAAGAAACAUGGUUGUGGCAGAGCACCUAUACAAGCUUGCGUAGAGGAAGAAUUUUUGAGGGAUGUGAUGCAGUUCCUUGUCCUUCGUGGUCACAGUCGCCUGGUGCCUCAAGGUGGACUGGCAGAGUUUCCUGACGCCAUUCUUAAUGCUAAACGCCUUGACCUUUUCAAUUUGUAUAGAGAGGUUGUUUCAAGAGGAGGUUUCCAUGUUGGGAAUGGCAUCAACUGGAAAGGACAGGUUUUCUCCAAGAUGCGGAAUCAUACAUUGACCAAUAGAAUGACUGGGGUUGGAAAUACAUUGAAAAGACAUUACGAAACUUACCUUCUAGAAUAUGAAUUAGCUCACGAUGACGUAGAUGGAGAAUGCUGCUUGUUGUGCCACAGUAGUGCAGCUGGUGAUUGGGUGAACUGUGGAAUUUGUGGCGAAUGGGCUCACUUUGGUUGUGAUAGGAGGCAGGGGCUCGGUGCCUUUAAGGAUUAUGCUAAGACGGACGGGCUGGAGUACAUAUGUCCGCACUGCAGCGUUGCAAAUUUCAGAAAGAAAUCUCAGAAAACAUCAAAUGGAUAUUAACAAGCCCCGAGGCUGAUAAUUCAGAAAGAAAAAUCAGAACAGAAAAUGGAUACUAGCGCUUCGAGGCGGAUAAUUCAGAAAGAGAUCUCAGGAAACAGCAAAUGGAUAUUAACAAGCCUUGAGGGCAUCUUACUGAUUGAUUUUCUUUAGUUUCAUUUCUUCAAUUCCUAUAAUAUUCAUAUAUAAAUGCACAAGAAAAGUAGGAAUGUAAUUAGUGUAUUGUAUCGUAAUCCAUCCCCAUUGUUGUUUCCAUAAUAGAUUAGGCCAUUUUACAUGGCCCUCCAAUUUUCCCCCUACAUAUAUAUAUAUAUGUCCUGUACUCUGGGAAGAGCCUUCUCUUAGGAAGAGUAAUUGUAGAAUAUUAUUUUCUUAAAUUAAUUUAAAUUCGUGAGGUAGUUAUCUUAA